AUGUCUGAUACCAAAUCCUAUCCCCUCGAGAAGUGCCCAGUCACUGGCCACGAGUAUCGUCCACCCCAGCCUGGUGAUUCUCGUUCAGUGUGUCCUGCACUCAAUACCAUGGCGAACCAUGGAUACAUACCGCGUGACGGAAAAAAUCUUACUAUUCCAACAAUCGUAUCCGGCCUUAAAGCAUGCUACGGACUCUCUACGGGACUCGCUGCUUUCCUCACCAUCGGCGGUUUCCUUUGGAUUAGCAAGUUAUUCUCUAUCGACCUCUUUGACAUCGGUCGGCACGGACGGGUCGAACACAACGCGUCGCUUGUCCAUGCAGAUACUCCCGAAGGAGAAAUAUACGCUCCUACCAAGAUACACGAAGACUGGGUGGAAGAAGUUAAUGCCGGGAAGGUGUCACGGGUCGAUGCGGAGGAUGUAGCAAGGAUGCGUGUUAGGCGGGAGAAAACUUCACCCGUCAUGGACGCGCUACAUGCCGAAGUGGCCAGGGGAGAGAUGGCACUUAUACUUGGAAUAUGGGAGCAGAAGGGUGAGGCCAAGACAGGCGUUCCUCUUCCAUGGCUUCUGGAUUGGCUGGGCAAUGAGAGGCUCCCAGAGAGAUGGACGCCUGACCAUAAGCAGACUCUGUCCGAUACCGUGGCGCGGAGUAAAGGAAUUCGGUUAUGGAUGGAGAAGAUCAGGGGAUAA